AUGAACGAACCAUCUCAAUCAACGGCUGAAAAAACUGAUGAUGAAAAAUCUAAAACGCCACGAAAUUUUGAAGAUAAUAUCGUAUUGAGGAGGAAGAAAAAUAAAAGUGAGCUUGAUGCAUUCAAGCAAGAAAUUGCUACUGAUGUUCAUACAAUAUCAUUGCAAGAAUUUUAUGAAAGAUAUCAAACUAAUCCUGAUACAGGUUUAACUCAAGCACAAGCCAAUGAAUAUUUACAAAGAGAUGGUUUCAAUGAAUUGGCUCCGCCGAAAACAACACCACAAAUAAUGAUAUUUUGCAAUCACAUGUUUUUGGGUUUUUCAAGUAUUUUAUGGGUAUCUGGUAUUUUGUGUUUGGUUGCAUAUACAGUAUCAGCACAAACUCAAGAUGAUCCAGAAAAAAGUAAUUUAUAUUUGGGUGUUAUGAUAAUAAUUGUAGUUAUUGUAACUGGAUUGUUUGGUUAUGCUCAAGAUCGUACUUCAUCAAAAAUAAUGGAUUCAUUUAAAAAAAUGAUAACUCAUUCAGCAACCGUUAUAAGAGAUGGAAAAGUAUCAAAUAUACCAAGUGUUAAUUUAGUUAAAGGAGAUGUAGUUUUAAUUAAAUUUGGUAGUAAAGUUCCAGCCGAUGUAAGAAUAAUCGAAUGUUUUGGAAUGAAGGUUGAUAAUUCAUCAUUAACUGGAGAAACUGAACCUCAACCAAGAGGAGUAGAAAAUACAAGUACUAACGUUAUGGAAACACAAAACGUUGCCUUUUAUUCCAGUAAUGUUAUGGAAGGAACGUGUAAAGCAAUCGUUUUUGAAACUGGAGAUAGAACGGUCAUAGGAAGAUUGGCAACAUUGACAGUAGGUUUGGAAAGAGCUAGCAGUCCAUUAACGAUAGAAAUUCGUCGUUUUGUUAUAUUGAUAACAUGCGUUGCUGUUGCUUUGUCAACUUUUUUCAUUAUUCUUGCCAUAGCCAUGAAAUAUGAUUUGAUAACAUGUUUUAUUUAUUUUGUCGCCAUUUUGGUAGCCAACAUUCCAGAGGGUCUUUUGGUAACUUUGACACUUUGUUUAACGCUAACGGCUAAAAAAAUGGCGAAAAAAAAUUGUUUAAUAAAAAGUUUAGAUUCUGUCGAAACUUUAGGAUCAACAUCAACAAUUUGUUCGGAUAAAACAGGAACGUUAACACAAAAUCGAAUGACAGUACUUGAAAUAAUGUAUAAUUUUACCACGUAUCCAAUUAAAUAUGGCGAAGAUAGAAAUUCUACGGUUUCUAACGAAUUCGACGUCAACGAUCCAGAUUUUAUUAAUUUAAUGACGUGUGGUAAAUUAUGUUUGAGAGCGGAAUUCGAGGGUGAUUCGACGGAACCCGUUUUAAAUAGAAACGUAGAAGGAGAUGCUUCCGAGGCGGCCAUAUUGAAAUGCGUUGAAUGUAUUUCACCAAACGUAAAACAAUUCAGAGUAGCAAAUCCGAAAUUAAUGGAAGUUCCAUUUAAUUCCACUAAUAAAUAUCAAUUGUCCAUACACAAAACAGCAAAUGGUAACAUGUUGUUUAUGAAAGGUGCACCGGAAAAAAUUUUACAAUUGUGUUCGACAGUAAGUAGCGGAGGAAGAGGUAGAAAUUUAACAGAUGACGCAAAAGAACAAAUAAAUGCUAUCUUAACCGAAAUGGGUAAAAAAGGUGAAAGAGUUUUAGGCUUUUGCGAUUAUGCAUUAAGCGAUGAUGCAGGAGUGCAGUACGAUCCGGCUAAAAAAAAUUUUCCAACAACCGGAUUAAGAUUUUUAGGAUUGAUGGCACUUAUCGAUCCGCCAAGAGAAGCCGUACCUGAUGCUGUGGCAAAAUGCAGAACGGCUGGUAUACGUGUUAUUAUGGUAACGGGUGAUCAUCCGGUAACGGCAGAAGCCAUCGCAAGAAACGUCGGUAUUAUAAGUAAAAGUACAAGAAACGAAUUAGCAAAAGAAUUAAAUGUCGAUGAAAAAGACGUGCCAGCAUCAAACGUAAAAGCAAUCGUUAUAACGGGUGAUCAACUCAGAAACAUGGGAAGUCAAGAAUUGGAUGAAAUAAUUAAAAAUCACGAAGAAAUUGUUUUUGCAAGAACUACACCGACACAAAAACUUUCCAUCGUCGAAAGUUGUCAAAGACUCGGUUACAUAACGGCCGUGACAGGGGAUGGAGUCAACGAUUCUCCAGCUCUUAAAAAAGCUGAUAUCGGUAUUGCCAUGGGUAUUGCCGGAUCGGAUGUAUCGAAACAAGCAGCGGAUAUGGUUUUACUAGAUGAUAAUUUUGCAUCAAUUAUUGUCGGAAUAGAACAAGGAAGAAUAAUAUUCGAUAAUUUAAAAAAAUCCAUUUGUUACGUUCUCACGUCAAACAUACCGGAAAUGGCUCCAUUUAUUGCUUAUCUUAUAUUUCAAAUACCCAUGCCACUGAGUAUAAUUGCAAUUAUAAUUGUCGAUGUUGGUACCGACAUGGUUCCGGCAAUCGCAUUGGCUUACGAAAGAGCAGAAUCCGACAUAAUGAAAAGAAAACCUAGAAAUCCAUUUCAGGAUAAAUUAGUAAAUAGAAGAUUGAUAUGGAUGGCAUAUGGACAAAUUGGAAUAAUACAAAUGAUGGCAGCAUUUUCUGCAUAUUUUGUCGUCAUGGCACAAAAUGGAUUCUUGCCUUUGACUCUUAUAGGUAUAAGAGAAACGUGGGAAAACAAAGGAGAAAUUAGUCUCGAACGUUAUUGUCAAUCGUGUUUUUUUGCCGCCAUUAUAGUGACUCAAAUAGCGGAUGCAAUAAUAUGUAAAACGAGGAAAAAUUCAAUAUUUCAACAGGGAAUGCACAAUUGGGUAUUAAACGCUGGUUUGAUUUUUGCCGUGCUCAUGGGUUGUUUCAUUUUGUACACCCCCGGAAUGGACGAAUAUUUCAUGAUGCCCCCCAUAAGGGCGGAACACUGGCUUCCGGGUUUACCAUUUGCAUUUAUUAUUAUUUUAUUUGACGAAGUGAGAAGAUAUAUAUUAAGAAAACGACCCGGAGGAUGGGUCGAAAGAGAAUUUUAUUAUUAA